AUGGAAACUCCAAAGAAAACAGUUCUUGAAGGCAUCUUCGCCGUUGCCAAACCGGCCCACGUUUCGUCUGCGGAUGUACUCGAGAAGCUACAAGCUACUUUUGCGCCAUCCCAGGCAUUUGCCCCGCUACUUCAACACCAGCCCAAAAGGACUAGCAAGAGCGAUGAUCAGGUUUUCAAGAUGGGCCAUGGCGGCACUCUGGACCCAUUGGCUGCGGGCGUGCUCAUUGUUGGCAUCGGCAGAGGCACGAAGCAGCUACAAAAGUAUCUCGCCUGCACUAAGACUUACGAGACUACCGUGCUUUUCGGCGCGAGUACAGACUCGUAUGAUUGCACCGGCAUCGUCACUGAGCGAGCGCACUGUGCGCAUGUCACCAAGACCUUAGUAGAAGGGAAGCUUGCACACUUCAGAGGCAAUAUCGGGCAGGCGCCACCAAUCUACUCAGCUCUAAAGAUCAAUGGGAAAAAAGCGUGCGAGUAUGCCCGCGGAGGUGAGGAGCUCCCAAGGCAACUGGAGAGUAGGGACAUGCAUGUCGACGAGUGCACACUGCUGGCAUGGUAUGAGCCUGGCCAGCACGAGUUCGCGUAUCCCGGGGAAGACAAAGUAGCAGCCGCACCGGCAGCUCGUGUGAGACUCACAGUCUGUUCUGGCUUUUAUGUUCGAAGUUUUGCGCACGAUCUGGGUAUUGCUUGCCAGUCAAGAUCUCAUAUGGCAACGUUGCUGCGCACGCGACAAGCAACGUACACAACUUUUGAUCCGCCAGAGUCGCCAGGUCUGACAACUGCGAUCACGUAUGCAGAUCUUGAUGGUGGCGAAGAAACUUGGGGCGCAAAGAUUUGUCAGCAACUCGAAUCUUGGGUAGCUGCAAAUCCGGUACCAUCUGGACAUGUGAACGGGCGAAGUGCGGCAACAAGACAGAGAAAGGUGACCGAACAAAGUGAAAGACCCAAGCAAAGAUUCCGAGGUGGGUUCGUCGCCGAUACAAAGCAGGAGAGGAUCAAGCAGCAAGGCGGCAAGUACAAAGGCAAAUGGAGCCGGAAGCCCGCGGUGAGCGGACCUGUCCAGGAGGGAGCAACAAGUCAACCUCCAGAAACAGAGAUGUAA